AUGUUCAGAAACAAUUACGACAACGACUCGGUGACAUUCUCGCCGCAAGGCCGGAUAUUCCAGAUCGAGUAUGCAGCCGAAGCAGUGAAGCAGGGUUCCGUAGUAGUAGGCAUCGCCAGCAAAACACAUGCCGUUCUGGUAGCAAUCAAGCGCAACGCCGAGGAGCUGUCCUCGUACCAGAAGAAGAUAUUCCCCGUCGACGAGCACUCGGGCAUCGCCAUUGCCGGCCUCACCUCGGACGCCCGCGUCCUCUCCAACUUCAUGAAGCAGCAGUGCCUCGGCCACCGCAUGACGUACGGCCGCUCGAUGCCCCUCCGCACCCUCGUCGAUAUGAUUGGCGAAAAGGCGCAGAUCAACACCCAGGUCUACGGCAAGCGGCCUUACGGCGUUGGCCUGCUCGUCGCCGGAGUCGACGAGCGCGGCCCUCACCUCUUCGAGUUCCAGCCUAGCGGUAUGACGGAGGAGAUGGUCGCCUUCGCCAUCGGUGCUCGCAGCCAGAUGGCCCGUACCUACCUCGAGCGCAACAUCGACGCCUUUGAGAGCUGCUCGCGCGAGGAGCUCGUGCGCCACGGUCUCAAGGCUCUCAAGGAGAGUCUCGUUCAGGACCGUGAGCUGACGGUCGAGAACACUAGCGUCGGCGUCGUCGGCUUCACCGAGAAGGAUGGUCUCAAGGAGAUCCAGCCCUUCAAGCUGUUCGAUGGCCAGGAUGUCAAGGAGUGGCUCGACAGCGUCGCGGCUAGUGAGGGCCAGGGUGGCGGUGAGGAGGGCGGUGAGGGCAUGGAGGUUGACGAAUAG